UGCCAGGCCUAUAAUCCACAGUGACGUAGCCACUCUUUACACCCUUCCGUGGAUUUCACAACCAGACGUUGACUCUUCCACCAUAUAAUCUUCAUACCAAAAACAUUUCUCCUCCACUUGCAUACGAUGAUAAUCAUAUGGCGAUCAUUUACAACCGUUGGAUCCCACGGAGCGCUUCAUUACUUCUCGUCUUUCUCUUGCUCCACUCCGUACCGUAUGGAUCAGGUCAGCCCACACCGCCUGUUCCCCAAACGAGAGCCAGCGACCCGGUUGUUAUAGUGAUAACGGUCUUGUUCUUCGUUAUCUUCAGCAUGGUCUUCGGCUCCAUCUUCUGCCGCCGAAGCUCCGUGUACUCGAGGCCUUCGGUUUUUGGACUCACCGACGCAGAUGCUGCAGUCGGCGUUGUCAGGAUCAGGAGGUCGGCGGCGCGUGGACUCGAACCGGAGGUGAUAGAGUCGUUCCCGACGUUUAUCUACUCGGACGUGAAGGCGGUGAGGAUCGGAAAAGGCGGUGUCGAGUGUGCGGUUUGUCUCUGCGAGUUUGAGGAUGAGGAAACGCUACGUUUGAUGCCGCCUUGCUGCCACGUGUUCCACGCUGAUUGCGUAGACGUCUGGCUCUCGGAACGUUCCACGUGUCCUCUCUGUAGAGCUGAUCUUGUCCAGAAACAGGGUGACGGUGGGAGCGACUUGAGUUCGGAUCCGGGUACGGUUUCGUCGGGUUCGGAUCCUGAGAGAGGGGGUUUGGAAGCUUCCGACAGGCAUUUGCUGGACGGCGUGACGUGGACCAAUAGUAACAACAUAACGCCUCGGUCAAAGUCAACGGGUUUAGCCAGCUGGAGUAUAACCGGUCUUUUGUUCCCGAGGUCUCACUCGACCGGACAUUCGCUGGUUCAACCGGUUGGAGAUCUCGACCGGUUUACGCUGAGGUUACCGGAUGAUGUACAUAGGCAGCUGAUGAAGACGAGGACGAUAAGAAACGUGACGUUACCUCAGGCGAGGAGUUCACGGAGCGGUUACAGAAGCGGUAGUGUCGGGAGCGGGACAGGCGGCGUGUUCUCGUACGGUCGGAAGAAUCAUAAUCACAACCGACGGCUGCAUUCUCUUUCUUUCUCCUUCUCCUUCCGGAGUGGUUCCGUACGGUCUACUUUCGGUGGAGAUACGGUGGCUCCGCCGAAGAAUUUUCCGGCGGCUAAUGAAUCUGGUGAACGGUCUUUCGAACGGCUCCGACCUGAUGAGCGGGUGUAAAUAAGAUUCUUGAAUGUUCUGCCUUUUUAUUGCUUCUUACCAUGACCAAAAAACAUGACAAAUAUAUUUUUUGUUGAAAAAGUUUCAUUUGAUAAUCAUCAUGUUUCUUCUUUUUUUUUUUUUCUCUUUUUUGUAACUGGCAUUCAUAAUAAUCAUCAGGUUUCUAAAACAAAAACAUUGUAUGUGUGUGAGAUUGUUAAUAUUUGAAGUGUAUGUAUUAUACAAUG